AUGGAUCCCAUCUUAGAUGGACUAAAUCAUGCGCAGCGCGAGGCUGUCACCUCGUCCGGCUCAAUUCUACAAGUGCUUGCCCCUCCAGGCUCCGGAAAGACAAAAACUUUAACAGCGCGCGUCGCGUACCUCCUCGCCCACCAUGGAUACCAACCACAAGAUGUUAUCUGUUGCACGUUCACAAUCAAGGCCAGUCGUGAGAUGCGAGAACGCCUGGCCAAGCUCAUUGGUGAAAAAUCCGAAUCGCGCCUGAUUCUGGGCACUUUUCACUCGAUUUGUCGUCGGUAUCUGGUCAAAUACGGGUACCUAAUUGGUCUGCGGAAGGGAUUCGGCAUUGCUGAUUCGGAUGAUACACGCGCCAUCAUGAGACGAACUAUCAAACGACUCAAGUCGAGCAUUGAACCUAAAGCGGCCCAGGGCCGUAUCUCACGUCACAAGGCCCAUGGACGCAGUCCAGAGGCUGUGGCUGCAAAGGCCAAAGCAGAAGAGCAGGAGCUAGUCGAUAUCUAUCGCGACUAUGAAUCAGCUUUGGCGGCUUCCAACCUCUUAGACUAUGAUGACCUUCUUCUACGCUGUGGGGAUCUUCUUCGCGAGCAUCCACAGUGUGUCUCUAAUGUGCAAGCUGUGCUUGUGGAUGAGUUUCAAGAUACCAACAUCAUUCAGUAUGAAUUAAUGAAUCUGUUUGCGUCAAAGAACAGACGGAUCACCAUCGUUGGUGAUCCUGACCAGAGUAUCUACGGAUUUCGUUCUGCGGAAAUUGCGAAUCUAAAGCGAAUGCAGCGGCAGUACUCUAACACCACGGUUGCCCUCUUGUCGGAUAAUUACCGGUCUUCAGCAUCUAUCUUGAACUCAGCGCAAGAAGUUAUUGAGCAAGAUACGAGUCGACCUGCCAAGGCACUGCAGGCGACUCAUUCGUUUGGAACUUUGCCAGUGCUGAGGAAGCUGCCAAACCCUGGCGCAGAGGCCAAAUGGAUGGUGCUUGAAAUCAAGCGUUGCGAAGCGAUGACUGGUGGUUUAUUGCGCAUGUCUGACUUUGCUGUCUUGCUUCGGUCGGCUUCUCUAUCUACGCAAAUUGAGACAGCAUUUGGAAGAGCAGGUAUACCGUACAAGAUGGUCGGGGGACGCAAAUUUUUUGACCGGACUGAAGUCAAGGUCCUUCUGAAUUACAUGAGAGUCGUCAGUCACACGGGGCACUCGGAUGCGCUGUUAAACAUCGUAAAUGUUCCACCUCGAAGAAUCGGUGAUGAAACGAUCAAGCAACUGACGGGUGGCGCGGAGAAAGCCAAGAUUCCAUUGUGGGAUUUCAUCAAAGAUGUCGUUCAGGGCCGUCGGUCGACAGAGAAAAAGCUUCAAAAGGCUGCUGAGCAGGGACUCUGCGCUUUAAUGAAGCUUAUUGAGGCUUCACGUCAAAAAUUGCAGGAUUGUGAAGAUGCAUCAGCUCCGCGUAUUUUGAUUGAGUUCAUCACGGAACGUCUCUCCUUUCAAGAAUACCUGAUCAGGGCAUAUCCCCUUGACGAAGACAGUCGCUGGGCAAACGUCAAGGAAUUGAUGCACCAGGCCGCCGAGGUCGCAGUUUUUGAAGAAGAUGAGGUUGACAAAGAAAUGGAUCUUCCGGAGAUCGAAGGCGUGGAACAACAACAGGCACAUGCAGGUGAGGAAGCUCUCACUCGGUUCCUUGCAAACGUUGCGCUGGCCACGGAGAUUACCACAAAAGAAGAAGAGCAGGAGGGUGAUAAACCCCGGGAAAAAGUGACCAUCUCGACCAUCCACGCUGCGAAGGGGUUGGAGUGGCCUGUUGUCUUUGUUCCUGCUGUGUACAACGGAAGUAUCCCUCACUCACGUGCAGAAGUGGUUGAAGAAGAGAGACGAUUAUUGUAUGUGGCAAUGACCAGAGCUCAAGCACUGCUAUACCUGAGUCUCCCCGUUCGACAGCCCAGGCUAGGUGAGGGAGAAGAUGGUUCGACGACUUUGACGCCCUUUCUUCCGCCAAAGUUGGUCACGAAUCGUUUCCGAUUAACAGGGCCUUCACUCCAUGAGAAAGUGGUAUAUUCCAUUGCAGAUAUUCUGCGUCGCCCUCACCCGUCUCUCGAUGACAUGUAUAAGGGGCUCGCCCAACUUCCAUCGACGCUGGACGACCGAUGGACACCUGAAGGAGAAGAAGAUCGCAGCAAGUUCGAUGGCACAUCCGUCCACGAUGUUGACGAGCCAAAUCCCAAACGACGCCGGUCAGACAUGAACCAAGGAUCAGGCUCAACUACCUACAUGUCCUCGUCCGGAUAUACUAUGAAUAACUCGACCCAAUUUACAGUUCCCACCACCGUUUCAUCAGGAUUUACAUCUGCCCGAGACUAUAUUACAGCCAAUCCAGAACCGCCCGUGGAGUCGGUCUCCAAGUCUAAGCCUCCUGCAGAUGCAGCAGUGGUAAACAAGCCUAAUGCAUCCAGCAGUGUCCGGAAAGACGGCCUCACACAGGCCAGCAUCUCCAACUUCUUCGGUGGACCAGGGCUCCAAAAGAGAGAGCCCGUCAUAAGCGGCCGUCCACAACCACAGCCCCAACCAAUCCGUAGAUACGGGCAACCAGCUCCGAACCAAUAUCCCACGCAAAGCGUUCCACCGACCCUAUCCUCGCACCGCGUGCAGCAACGACCCCUUCAACCAUCCCGGCCGACGCUGGAACCGACCAAUCCGAAUGGCUACACGUGGAUGGCGGGUCCAUCAAGACCAGGACCGAAACCCAAGAUGUCGGUGACGCAGGAACAGACCGGAAACAAUGAUUCUGCAGGGACCGGAGGGACCGGGGCGAGCGAGGCGAAACCCGAGACCUCCACCCGAGGAUUCCAGGCCGUCUCGACGUUUCACACUACGACCAUGUCAAUGGUCCAACAGGCACCACGCCGGACACUCGGUAUACGACGGAGCAUGAAUGGAUGGCAAGAUCGGAUGAAGCGAGAUGGCGGUGGGCAUGUGAGCUGA